AAGUUGACUUUUCCUGCAUAGGAGCAGUUGUUGUGAGGUGAAUCUGGGUCUUUAAAUGGAGGGUUCUUAAAUUUGUGAUGAAAUUAAAUGGGGAGCAAGAUCAUGGCUUCUGACGUGAAGGUCGAAGUCGUUCACAAGGAAACAAUUCGUCCAUCCUGUUCAACUCCUCCGCACCUCAAAACUACCAAUAACCUCUCAUUUUUUGAUCAGCUUGUUCCUCCAAUUCAUAUCCCACUGCUUCUCUUCUACCCCAUCUGCAACAGCGGUGAUGAUUUUGAGGUCAAUGAUAUCAAUCACCGAUCUUUGGUUGCGGAAAGAUCCAAGCUUCUAAAGACAUCUUUAUCUGAAGCCCUCACUCUCUUCUAUCCCUUUGCAGGAAGUUUCCAGUUUAAUGAUUCAAUCUGUUGCAAUGACCAGGGGGCUGUGUUUCUUGAAGCCCAAGUCAACUGUCCCAUGUCAAAGAUUUUUGACAAACCAGAUCUUGGAAUGCUAGGGCAAUUGCUUCCAAAUGAUCAUACAAGUCAUCUUCUACAAGUCCAGGCCAAUUUCUUCGAAUGCGGUGGAUUGGCAAUCGGAGUCAAUAUUUCGCAUAAGGUGGCGGAUGUUUCCACACUCAGUAAAUUCAUUAAUCGCUGGGCUGCAAUUGCACUCGGCUCGCCAAGAACUAUUGAUGUGGUGCCUCUCGUAGCAUUUGGGGCUGCAUCUUCUCUUUUCCCACCACUAGAUUUCCUAAACUCACCGCCAGCGCCAACUCCAACUAGUGACAUGAAAUUUGAUAUUAAAGAAACGUGCACGACAAGGAGAUUUGUGUUUGAUGGCUCAAAGAUUGCUGCUCUCAAGUCCGAAGCUGCCAGUGCCAGCGUGCCAAAUCCAACACGAGUUGAAGUAGUGUCCGCACUCAUUUGGAAAUGUGCAAAGGAAGCGUCAAGAUCGAAAUUGGGUUCAGUAAGGCCCUCUUCAUGGUGUCAAACAGUGAACAUGAGGAAAGUACUUGCGCAGACCUUGGCAGAUAAAGAUUUGCUAGGGAAUGUUGUGGGGUUGGUUACAUCAAAGACGGAAGAAUCUAGCAGUGAAGCACAUGAUCAUGAUCUUCGAAGCCUGGUUACUAUACUGAGGAAGGGCAUUGAGGAAUUUAAAGAAAAAUAUAGAAAUGGAGUUAGAGGGGAGGAAUUCUGUCAACUUUUCAUGGAGAAUGUGAACCUCAUUAUGAAAAAGGAUGAUACAGACAGCUAUAGUUCCACCAGUUGGUGCAGGUUUCCGCUAUACGAAUCCAAUUUUGGUUGGGGAAAGCCAUCAUGGGUCUUCAUUUCUAGUGUUGGUUCCAAGAAUUCAACUGUCUUACUGGAUGCAAGAGAUGGCGAUGGAAUAGAAGGGUCCUUAACUUUCAACGAAGAAGACAUGGCCAUAUUUGAAAGCAAUGAGGAGCUGCUUGAAUAUGCAUCUUUGAAUCCAUCUGUAAUUUAAUUUGUAACCCCCCCACAAAAGAACCUUCUCUAGCGCUUAAUUUCUUAGAUGGGUAUUGGAUGAGUUGGUUGAUCACUCAUUGUAUUGAUGCUUGUACGCUAGGUUGUACCAAAAAUAAAGUCUAAAACUAGUGCUUUCACUAAAUGAAUUCAGGCAUGUUUCAAAUUGGUAAGGGUUAAAACUAGUGUUUUUGAGUCA